AUGUCUCUCCCUGUCGAGAGGGCGUUCGCUUUUUUGCCUACUUUCUUUCCUUCCUUCUUUUUUCUAUACUUCCUUCCUUUCUUUCUUUCUUUCUUUCUUUCUUUCUUUUUCUUCCUUUCCUUUCCAUCUUUCUUUCUUUCCUUCCUUUUUCCUUUUUCUUUCUUUUCUUUCUUUCUUCCUUUCUUUUUUCAUUCUUUUCUUUCCUUCUUUCUUUCCUUCCUUCUUUCAUUUUCUCCAAUUUUGUUUGUUUGUUUUUCUUUGUUUCUUUCUUUUUGCUUUUAUUUCUUUCUUUUUUUCAUCAUUUGUUUUCGUUUAUUUUUUUUCUGUUUCUUUUUCUUUUUCACUGUUUCGUUUUUUUAUUUUUCAUUUUUUUGUCUUUUGCUUUCGUUGUUUUUCAUUUCUUUACAUCAUUUUCUUUAUUUUUACCUCUUCUUUAUUUCUUUUAUUAGUUUUUUAUUUUGUUUCUUGCUUUCUCUCUCUGUUACUUUUUACUUUCUUUCUUUAUUUUCUUUUAUCUGUCCCUUCAUUUUCUUUCUUUCUUUCUUUCUUUCCAUAGACUUCCACCUUUCUUAUCAAAUUUUCUUUCACUCUUUUUUGCCCUUUGUUUCACUCUUUGUUUUACUCUUUCUUUCAAUCUUUCUUUCGCGAUUUCUUUCAUUUUUCUUUCAUUUUUUCUUUUGCCCUUCCUUUCACCUUUCUUUCACGCUUUCUUUGCCCUUUCUUUCACCUUUCUUUCGCCCUUUCUUUCACAACUUUCAUUCACUCUUUCUUUGCCCUUUCUUUCAUCUUUCUUUCCCUCUUUAUUUGCCAUUCCUUUCAUCUUUCUUUCACUCUUUCAUUCGCCCUUUCUUUCGCCCUUUCUUUCACGCUUUCUUUCAUCUAUCUUUCACUCUUUCUUUCAUCUUUCUUUCACUCUUUCUUUGUCUUUUCUUUCCUUCUUUCUGUCACUCUUUCUUUGAUCUUUCUUUCACUCUUUCUUUGCCCUUUCUUUCACCUUUCUUUUGCCCUUUCUUUCACUCUUUCUUUCACCUUUCUUUCCCUCUUUCUUUUACUCUUUCUUUCAUCUUUCUUCCACUCUUUCUUUGCCCUUUCUUUCACCUUUUUUUCACUCUACUUUCUCCCUUUCUUUCACUCUUUCUUUCUUCUUUCCUUCACUCUUUCUUUGCCCUUUCUAUCAUCUUUCUUUCACUCUUUCUUCCACCUUUCUUUCACUCUUUCUUUCACCCUUUCUUUCACGUUUCUUUCACUCUUCCUUUCACUCAUUCUUUCAUCUUUCAUUCACUCUUUAUUUGCCCUUUCUUUCACCUUUCUUUCGCCCUUUCUUUCACUCUUUCUUUCAUCUUUCCUUUCCCUUUCUUUUAUCUUUUUUUCACCUUUUCUUUGCUCUUUCUUUCACCUUUCUUUCGCCCUUUCUUUCACUCUUUCUUUCUUCUUUCUGUCACUCUUUCUUUACCCUUUCUUUCAUCUUUCUGUCACUUUUUCUUUGCUCUUUCUUUCACUCUUUCUUUCAUCUUUCGUUCAUCUUUCUUACACUCUUUCUUUGCCCUUUCUUUCACCUUUCUUUCGCCCUUUUUUUCACAUCUUUCUUUCACUCUUUCUUUGCUCUUUCUUUCAUCUUUCUUUGCCCUUUCUUUCACCUUUCUUUCACUCUUACUUUCACUCUUUCUUUUGCUCUUUCUUUCAUCUAUCUUUCACUCUUUCUUUCAUCUUUCUUUCACUCUUUCUUUGCCCUUUCUUUCACUUUUCUUUCACUCUUUCUUUCGUCUUUCUGUCACUUUUUCUUUGCUCUUUCUUUCACUUUUCUUUCACUCUUUCGUUCAUCUUUCUUACACUCUUUCUUUGCCCUUUCUUUCACCUUUCUUUCGCCCUUUUUUUCACAUCUUUCUUUCACUCUUCCUUUCACUCUUUCUUUCAUCUUUCUUUCACUCUUUCUUUCACUCUUCCUUUCACUCUUUCUUUCAUCUUUCUUUCACUCUUUCUUUGCCCUUUCUUUUAGCCUUUCGGUCACUCUUUCUUUCACCUUUCUCUCACUCUUUCUUUCCCGCUUUUCUUUCCCGCUUUCCGCCUCUCAUUCCUCUUCUUCCCAUCCUUUAA